AUGCAGAUCACUUCAAGUCUGGCGUCAUUUGUAUCAGUUCUGUGGCUGAUUAUGUUCAGCCCUGCAGGAUUUAAAGCAAAACCUGUCAGCUGCAGUCUGUGGACUGAGCCUCAAUUGCCUGUUUUUUCAAUGAAUGGAGAUUUUGUGAUUGGGGGGAUUUUCUCCAUUCACUACUACAUGAGUACAGAACAGAACAACUAUACCAGGCUGCCACCACAGCCAAAGUGCUCUGGAAGCAUGGACUUCAGGGAGCUCCGCUUCGCCCGUACCUUGGAAUUUACUAUCCGUGAGAUCAACAACAGUACUGAUCUGUUGCCGGACAUCACGUUAGGCUACCAGAUAUAUGACUCAUGCUCUGCAUCAUCAAUUAAAGUUGCAUUUCAGUUUGCAAAUGGCUUGGACUCUGUUUUCAGUGACAAUAAUUCCUGUUCAAAAUCUGCAGCUGCUACUGUACCUGCUAUAGUAGGAGAUUCUUCUUCCACCUCGUCAAUUAACAUGGCGAGAACACUCGGUCUUUUUGGAAUUCCGCAGGUGAGUCAUUCUGCAACCUGCGCAUGUCUGAGCGAUAAACGGCAGUUUCCUGCCUUCUUUAGGACUGUACCUAGUGACCACCACCAAGCGGCUGCACUGGCGAGAAUGGUGAAGUAUUAUGGGUGGACUUGGAUUGGGGCAGUACGGAGUGACACGGACUAUGGAAACUACGGAAUGGCAUCAUUUCUAAAGGCUGCACAAAAGGAGGGUAUCUGUGUAGAGUACUCUGAAGUGUACUACAGGACACAACCACGCAGUAAACUGGAGAGAGUAGCAAACGUCAUCCGCAGAUCUAUGGCCCGAGUAAUAGUAGCGUUUAUUAACAUAGUUGAGAUGAGGUUUAUUUUGGAGGAAUUAGCACGAAAUCCACUCCCUCCACUUCAGUGGAUAGGCAGUGAAGCUUGGAUCACACAUCCAGACUUUCUGCAGUUUAACAUUUGCGCUGGUGCUUUAGGUUUUGGGGUCCCCCGGUCAGUUAUUCCAGGUUUGCGUGAAUUUCUUCUAGACCUUUCUCCAGCACAAGCUUCCAAAUCACCCUUGUUAACAGAAUUUUGGCAGAGUUCAUUCAGCUGUAGCCUAAAAGGGUGGACAGGCUCUUCAUCAAACUUCCAGGAAUGUGAUGGUAGUGAAGAUAUCCACGCGCUACAGAACCCAUACACAGACACAUCUCAACUGAGCAACACAAUUAUGGUGUAUGAAGCUACAUAUGCCAUAGCGCAUGCUAUCCAUGGUGUUAUUUGCAAUGACACCCAAUGCAACAAGACCAAUACAUUCUCACCUUGGCAGAUACUCAACCAGCUCAAGAGUGUGAACUUCUCCACAAAGAAUGGUUAUCAGGUCAACUUUGAUUCUAAUGGAGAUCCUGUGGCUGUCUAUGAGCUUAUAAACUUGCAGUUUAAGAAAGAUGGCACCUUAGACUCUGUGCCAGUGGGCUACUAUGACUCAUCCAAACCAACUGGACAGGAGUUCAGCAUGAUCAGUGCUAUCCACUGGGUGGGAGGACAGACAGAGGUUCCAGUGUCUGUGUGCAGUGAGAGCUGUCCUCCAGGCACCAGGAAGGCUGUGCAGAAGGGAAGGCCUGUCUGCUGCUAUGACUGUAUACCAUGUGCAGAGGGAGAGAUCAGUAACAAGACAGAUUCUGUGGACUGUGUCCGCUGCCCUACUGAGUUCUGGCCCAGCACCAAACAAGACAGCUGCCUCCCCAAACUUGUUGAGUUCCUGUCCUGGGAUGACACUCUAGCCAUCAUUCUGACAGGGUUCUCAAUCACUGGGGCCUUCAUGUCUUUGUGUGUUGCUACUAUCUUCUACAGACACAGGGCAUCUCCCAUUGUCCGAGCCAACAACUCAGAGCUGAGCUUCCUGCUGCUCUUCUCUCUGACUCUGUGUUUCCUCUGUUCACUUACUUUCAUUGGUCGGCCCUCUGAGUGGUCCUGUAUGCUGCGCCACACAGCGUUUGGGAUCACCUUCGUCCUCUGCAUCUCCUGUGUUCUGGGGAAAACAAUAGUUGUGUUAAUGGCCUUCAGGGCUACAAUUCCAGGCAGUAAUGUCAUGAAAUGGUUUGGGCCUCCACAGCAGAGACUCAGUGUCCUUGCCUUCACUCUCAUGCAAGCUGUCAUUUGUGUAAUUUGGUUGAAAGUAUCUCCUCCUUUCCCUUUCAGAAAUGUAAAACACUACAAAGACAAGAUCAUUCUAGAAUGUAAUUUAGGCUCAACCAUAGGUUUCUGGGCUGUGCUGGGUUAUAUAGGAUUCCUGGCAUUCUUGUGUUUUGUUUUGGCUUUUCUAGCAAGGAAGUUGCCUGAUAAUUUUAAUGAAGCCAAAUUCAUCACAUUCAGCAUGCUCAUAUUCUGUGCAGUUUGGAUCACCUUUAUUCCAUCUUAUGUCAGCUCUCCUGGAAAAUUCACUGUAGCUGUGGAGAUAUUUGCUAUUCUAGCCUCAAGCUUUGGUUUGGUUAUUUGUAUUUUUGCUCCUAAGUGUUUCGUAAUUUUGUUUAGGCCUGCGCAGAAUACCAAGAAACACCUUAUGGGUAAAGUUCCCUCUAAAUCUCUCUAA